AGCACGCGGUGUUUAAUAUGGUGUCGAGACUCUUAAGUCAGCCCGUUACACUCCUUAUCAUAAGAAGAAGCAGAAAUGGCAGCUAUGCAGCCUAUGAAUAUGUAUAUGGUUCCUAAUCCAGGAAUAGCAGGCUGUCCACCGGGACUGGAGUACCUCACACAGGUAGAUCAACUUCUUAUCAAACAGAAAGUUGAGCUUAUUGAAGCUCUGGCAGGCUUCGAGAGCAACAAUAAAUAUGAGAUCCGUAACUCACUGGGUCAGAAUGUGUUUUAUGCGGUGGAGGAGAACGACUGUCUGACGCGUCAGUGCUGCGGCCCGCUGAGAUCCUUCACCAUCCGCGUCCUCGAUAACUUCGGACAGGAGAUCAUCACAGUCAACCGUCCUCUCAAAUGCAUGUCCUGCUUCUUCCCGUGUUGUCUGCAAGAGAUAGAGAUCCAGUCUCCUCCGGGGAACACAGUAGGGUAUGUUAUACAACAAUGGCACCCUUUCCUGCCCAAGUUCACCAUAGAGAAUGAGCACAGACAGCCGGUCCUCAAGCUCCAGGGGCCGUUCUGUGGAUGGAGCUGCUUGCCUGACGUCGACUUUGAGAUUCUGACCAUGGAUGAAGUCAGUAUUGGGAAGAUCAGCAAACAGUGGACAGGACUCCUGCGAGAGGCGUUCACAGAUUCAGACAACUUUGGCAUCCAGUUUCCAAUGGAUUUGGAUGUGAGGAUGAAGGCAGUGAUGAUCGGAGCCUGCUUUCUUAUUGAUUUCAUGUUCUUUGAGACGAAUAACUAACUGCUAUGCAGAGAGCAUAACCAUCCCGGUGUGGGAAAACGUGUGAAAAGUGAAGCCGUCGCCCUUCAUCCAUCUGUGAAUCCACUGGAAUGCAUGUGAACGUGAAGCGAGCGGUGUUGAAGGCUAACGGUGCUUUUAGAGACUGUGACGUACAGUAUAGCUACAGGUGUGUGCUGUUGCUGGUCGUGUUUUAUUCAACUCGAUUUCUUUAUUUUUAACAGAUUCAUUUAAAUAACUCAAGCUACGAAUGACACGGAAAGGAAUAGCUCACUCCAAAACAGCAAAAAGAAACAAAGAAGUCAUGUCCUUUAUCUCCAUGGUCUUCCAACACAAAACAAGCAUUCAAAAUAUAAAAUAAAACAUAAGAAAGACAGCUGUUUAAAAAUGAUUUCACAUUAAAAAAGGUGUCAUAUGACAUUUGUGUAAAGAACAGACUCUCAUUUUAAAAGUGAACUAUUCCUUUAAGAGCUGCCAGUACGACUAUGCAUUAAAACAUUUGCAUCGAAUGACCAAUAUACAACUUGAUAUUACAAAACAGAGUUAUAUUUUAUUGUGCUAGUUUUAUUAAUUCGCAGAAACAAUAUAUAUAUAUUUUGCAUGCAGAUGUUGCAAAUGGCUAACCAGUUUGUCAGAGUGGACCAAAAUGUGUUGUAUUUUUGUUAUGUAUUGUGAUUUUCAGUUGGCUUUUGUAUUAUUGUUUUAAUUGGUUAUUAGUGCUGACGAUGAGUUUUUAAGAAAGACAGUUUUUUUAUUGUGAUUAUUUUUUAGCUUAUUUUUUGUAGUAUUCAAUGUCUCCAGAAGAGGGCAGUGAUGAUCUUUAGGUGUAAAAUGCUUAAUUUUGUUUUGUUUUCCAGUACAAAUAUCUAAAC